GAAGUGUACCAAGUUUCCGAGUUUACUGCUAAUUAAAUCGGCUUCAGCAAAGCACGCAUUUCCGUCCCCGAAACACUAGCCUAAACGCUCGGUCUUUUUGUACCCGAUGAAUAAACUACAGGGUCAGUUUAUAAUAUCGUGCUACUCGUUUUAGACACGUGAAGUUGCUUCCUUUUACAUUUACUCAAGUCUUCUUGGAAGGCGCAGACACAAAGCCAAUUGGGUCAGCCAAAAGAGUCGCAUGUUACCAUGACAACGUUUACAAGUCUGUAAGGCCGGAACUUGAGGGAAUGUGAGGAGCAAAGCUUUAUGUAGGGUACUUACAAACGGUUUUGAAAUGUCCGAAAUGAAAAUAUUUUUUCUGGUAACGGUUUAGGGAGAUUUUCUCAAGUUUAGAGAGAGCUGUAGAUCGGCGAAAAAUAAACCAAGUAACCGGGUUAGUUUAUGUAAUGCGAAUUUGAAGCUUAUUCCUGUAAUUUUUGCGGGACCUUAGGGUAUGGUAACAAGUGAACUACAGUACUCUAGAGCCUUCCUUGAACGGGUCUCUGUUUUUCGUAUCUUUCAAAUAUAAAUGUGGCCUGGUCUGAGUUCUCUUGUUAACAGUGUUUCCAACUGAGGAUGAGGAAACCUCUUGAGAAAUGAUUCCAGUACUGGUAGAAAAUUACCAUUAUUUGCAGAAAAAGUAUAGUGGCAUUAAUAUUUUCAGUCUGCACGUAUGGCGGCAGACCAAACUACUGUCAAGCAUUUUUUAAUGUGGAGCGACUAUUAAGAUAAUAGUUUAAAUAUAUACAUGUACACGUCUUUUAUCUUUUUUAAAUAAAUGAAUCGCUCCUGUUAGUCGCCGUACUCCCAGCACAGUUUAUACAGUAGUAGACAUACACUGUUGCUUAUUAUUGGAUAGCUUACUUGUGAAGCCUCUUGAGAUUAAUCGAAGGCUGUUGUGUGCAGGUCGAUGUGCGCUCCUCGGCAAUGUUCAGUGCUAGCUAUGCAUCGAGGGCCAGUUUCCCUCACUGGUCCAGAGAUAGUACUCUGGAUAAAACUCGUUAUCCUCGCCCUUUGGCCCUUAAUCAAGAUCUGUCCUUACCCCCUAUUGCUUCAGAUGUACCAGGAACUAGUGGAGGAACCCGAGAAGUAGAUCCUUAUAGGAAAAUUAACAUUCUCGAAAAAAACAUUAAGUUCCUGCAAGAGCAGCAUGCAGAAACGUUGGAGAAACUUCACAACGAAAUCGAUAUACUCCGACGGGAAAAUAAAGAUCUCCAUUACAAACUGAUCAUGGACCAGAGGAUAUACAGAUCAGACAGCAUUUCAGGAUUGAAUGCAAGUCAUUCAGCUUCGAAAAAAAGCAGAUCAGGAAGCUCAGAGAAAUCCGAAGGUCAAGCCCAGUCACAGUGUACCAAUUAUGCACUUACUACUGCAGCUGAAGAGGAACAAACAGCCACACUACCUAAUGCAGACAACAGGCAGACAGAGCAGAUAAACAUAAGGGGAAAGGUGGUUGACACCUCUCAUCUGAAAACACCCUUGCUGCCAUCUGAUCCAGGGAAUGAAUUUGUACAAAUAGUCAUCACUUCUCUCAAUCCGCUGCAUGUCUGCACGAACUACUCUCAACCUCCACGGCCCCCUACACUGCAGGAAUGUGAAGCAAUCAUUCACAAUCUGUACAACUCCAACCAACUGCUGGCUCAGAAGUUGUUCCACUUAAAGACCUGCAUGCGGGACCUUGUCAACACCAAGUGGACUUCAGAGACACAGCAGUUGGCUAAAACCUACCUUUCAGAUUAUCCCAGGGAACGAGAGGCUGCACACUUCAGUAAAGCACCUUUGAGAAGUCACCCUAAAAGAGUAGUUCAGUUACCAGUGACCACAGCUGAGAAAGUAACCUUGCCAGCAUUGAAACAAACCCUGGGAAGCAGCUUUGCAGAAAGACAAAAGAGAACACAGGCUGUGCAAAAAAGUAGACUCCGAAGGGCUGUGCUGUAACUUCAAGCUAUAGCCACAACUAAUGUUUCUCAUAAUUUAAUUUUCUAGCUGUCUCAGAGAGGUAUUCUUGCUGGUACAAACUCUUGCUGUGAAUCCAAAAGUAAGACAGUGUACAGGAAGUUCCAUCUUAGUGUGCUGAAGACAGACAUACCUGCUGUUGGUAAACAAAUUUUGGAACUUAUGGUAAUAUUUUAUCCACUUGUCAAACUGCUAAAAGCAAAACUAACUUCAAAGAAAGUUUUUUACUGCCAUUACGAGCUCAGAAUUUCAAGGUUUACAUAUCUCCCAUGAAUUCUUCUGGUUUUUUUUGUUUUUUUUUUCCAAGUGCCACACAGUUAGGGACUUGCUAAUUCACUUUUUGGAUAUAAUGGGUGUACACCUUCAUUGAAAAAUAAAUAACACUAAGUACAAUACA